AUGGCUGAGAAACUUGUUGACAAGAAGGAGCGGAGAAGGAGCCUGAGCAUGUUUGGCACCUCUCUUUCUUCCUCCACUUCUCUUGCAACUGCCCAAGUCCACGAUCGGUCUUCCUCCGACGGGUCGUACACCAUGAAGAAGAAAUCCCGACGGAACUCUGCCUUCUUUGGCCGUAAUCCUAGCCCGGUUCGAGCGAGCGGUUUGUUGUUGGCCAUUCCGCGUCCCGGUACGGCUGACUCGGAGCUCAUGGACCGUGCCUGUUCGACUCCCACUGGCUCUUCGGAUACCUUCAAGUUCCAGCGCAAGUCGUUUCAGCGUUCCAAGCGUGCCUCCGUCUUUGGAUCCCUGCGCUCGAUGCAUUCACAGGAAGAUGAGGACAAGUCCGUCUUGGGUCACCGUUCGAAGGGUUCGUCGGUGGACGAAGAGGAGGUCACUGCUGCCGCUGGUUUUUCCUCCAGGAACACCCUAGGCCAUGUCGUUCUACACCACGGAGAGGUCCAGACAACUGGAAGUAUGUGGCGGAAGAAGAGUCACUAUCUGGUCUUGACGGACACUCACCUGGUUCGGUUCAAAAGCCAGGCCAAGGCGUCGGAGUUUUUUCCUACCAUCGCGUCUUCUUCGGGACGUGCUACGCCAGUCAGUCGACAAUCGAUCGUUUCGGUCGCGUCUCUACAGGAGCAGACACAUCCCGCCCACGGUAGUGAUAUCGCGGGUAUCCCAUUGAACAGCAUAGUGUCUGUUUACAGGGUAGAGGAUGGUCGAUGUCAAGCCGCCAUUGAGCUUUCCUAUAUUGAUGAACGAACCAACAAGGCGGCCUUCCUAGGCAUUCAAUUGGCAGAUCCCGAAGAGCAGAAUCUCUGGCUCAUCGGCAUCCGUUCAGCGGCGGAAUCGAUCCGCUCAGUGGAUCCAUUGCCGUUCGACCAGAGGACGAUUGACUAUGCGGCAAGAGUGCUGGAUCAGGAGCGGGAUUACGAGCCGGAGCAUUUCCACCUCUUUCGGGUGGUUCAACGCUCGGCGGGCAAACAAUCCGGUCGAGCUUCUUCCGAUGAUCUUGCCAAGCUGUCGGCCACCGUGUGCUAUCUGGCCAUCGGGGCUCACAAGAUUCAUUUACUUCCCCUACAUAAGGCGUCCAGCCGUUCUUCAGUUGUGUCCCUGAACGAGGUGGAGAUGGGAAUGUCCUUUGGACUUAUGACAAUGACCUCCUUGUGGAUGAGUUCCGGAGACGACAGCUUCCAGCUGAGCUUCCGUCUCCCUGUAUUUGGCAUCUGUGCACGUGGUGGACAUUGUGCUCUGGAUCCGUCAGCGAACGGAAUUCCUGCGUCCUCUGUGGCUCAAGCAGCCCAUGACAUCGACACCUCUAACAUUCGCUAUUCGAUCGACGUCGACUGCGAGGACGCUCCCUGCUUCAAGCUGCUGCCACCCUCGACCAAGGAGCGCCAGCGCUACACUGCCUUGGAGCUGUUAGCCGUGAUGCGAGCACUUCGUUAUAACGAAUCCUUUGUCUCCAUCUCUUUCAGCGGGAUCAAUCUGGAUGUUCUGCAAGAUCUGCGAGACCCUUACGGCCUGGAUCUUGACGCUUUUCUAACGCGGGCGGGAGCCCAGGUACACAUUGCUGGACAGGACCGGUUGUCGGUGCUCUCUCAGGAAAUUCGCGCAUUGGCAUUAAAGAGCAAACGACUGCGGCGGCUCGACUUCUCGUUCUGUCUGACGCGAAAUCCGGUCGCCGACGGCGGAGUUCGUGACCCCGGUUGCGGCAUUCCCGAAGCGAUCUUUCCCUUAUGUCGACGACAGCUGACGAAUGUGGAUUGGAUCGUGCUCAAUGGCAUCAAACUGGGCGAGUCGGAUCUGGACUACCUGGUCGACGCUGCCUCACAGAGAGCGAGUCACCUCCGGGCGCUUGAAGUCGGCAACUGUGGCCUCUCUGUCCAUGACCUCGAUCUCGUCUUGUCGACCUUUACCGCCCAGGAGAGCACGCUCGAGGCGGUGAACAUAGCUGGCGUGCAGGGCCGUCUCAGUCCGGAGCUGUUUCAGCAGCAGAUUGGCUACUUUGGUCAGAUCCGGAAGAUCGACCUCUCGCGCGUCGCCCGAACGUCCGGACCGGAGCCUCUGAUUGCUCCCGAAACCCUGCUCAAUUGGCGGUUGGAGGAGCUUUCCUUGAGCCAGACUUCAGUGAACCAGCAAACUGUCGAGUCCAUUGCCGCUUACCUUGCCAGUGACCGGUCGUCAUCUCUCCGUGUCUUGCGUUUCGACCAAUGUGGCCUGACAGGGACGGAUGUAGCAAUCUUCCUUCACUCCAUGACCCCUGCAAGCGGAAAGCCUCGGGAUCUACACCUCUACGUUAGCGAGAACCGCCUAGAUACAGAUUACGCUCUUCUUUUCGACGCCAUUGCAAAGAACAAGGGUCCGACCCACCUGUCGAUGCGGAUGAUCGACUUUAAAAAGGAGGAACAUUUCCGCGAACUGAUCGAAGCUAUGAGAAAGAACACAUCAUUGAAGUACCUGGAUAUCUCAAAGGCGUCACUCCCUUACGACGCUGGGCCCGAAACAUGCAAAGCAUUGCAAUUGAUGUUUGAAGAGAAUGAAACGUUGGAGGAGUUGGAUAUUAGUGGCGAAUACGCUCAUCUGGAUGUUGCUCGGUUCGGGAUUGGACUGAACGAGGCCCUCACAGGACUGAAGAAGAACAAAUCUCUGAAGGUGCUGAGGCUCGAGCAUCAAAAGUUGGGCUUGCAGGGUGCCAAUACCUUGGCCUCGGUUUUGGAAGAGAAUAGCUCUCUGCGCGAGGUGUAUUGUGAGAACAAUGACAUCAACCUGCAGUCGUUUACGGUCCUUGUCAAUGGUCUGGAGCGCAACAAAUCCGUCCUAUAUCUCCCGACGAUGGAUUCGGAUCGAUAUCACUCCCUUGAGAAAGUUCGCCGGGAAGUCGAGAGUGUCCACCGGGACUCGAGUGCCCACAGCUCGGCCUCCACCGCAAGUUCGAUCCGUCGUUCAAUCCAUGCUGCCAUCGCAGUCGGACAACCUUCCGGAGGCCACAGAUUAGCCAAACAUCAUGCUCCCACACAUGGUGCUUUUGCAGGCUCGCACUCAGCCCAGCAUGCGCCUUCGGCUCCUGAAUCCCUCCGCAAUGAAGUGGAAGCUACCCUGCUCUCUCUCAAUAAGAAGUGGGAUAAUGAAGUGACUCGCUUGCGACGGUAUCUGUACAGAAACUACUGUCUCGCGCAUGGCCUCCCAUUGGAGCCAGGGGAAGCGGAAGGUCGUGACCAGGUUGAUACCGUCAGUUAUGAACGGCCAACUGCAGCAGGAAGCCUGAACGUGCUGCUGGAAGGGAUCGGCAAACUCGACCUAGAUACAUCUAUAAUUGAACGGAUUUCGCAUACUGAAGAACCGGAGCCCGAAUCCCGUACUGAAAGUCCUGAUAUGGAGACGAAGGAGGCUACUGUUGAGAGUUCUGACUGCUCGUCACCCCUGGCAACCAUGUCCAACUUGCAGUCAGAACGCGCAGAUGUCUUUUUUGAUGGUGCUGCCGACUCCGCCUCCCAGGAUCGACCUACGUCGCCGCUCUCCUUUUCGUCCGGCAAAUCGGCAAAUCUUCAGUCAAAACAUUACGCUGCUGCCCCUACCUCCUCUCCUCAGUUCGCGCUCCCAGUUUCCGCCAUAGGGCCUGCAGGUAGUAUCUCUGGUAGCAUUCGCAGCAAGUAUAGCACCAGCACCGUCUCGACGAGUACGGGUACAGGCGCACCGAGUGGCCGGACCGCCACCGGCUUGGCUACUUCCUCGUUGCGAAAAUUGCUUAGUGGUCGUCCAUCAGCCAUCAGAGGAAUACGCCAGAUUCAUGGGUUUGAAGAGUCGGAGCCGGAGUCGAAAGAAACCUAUGUCACGAGCGACGAACCGCCUCGUAUUAUCUGGUCACCGCCGCAGGUGGAACUGUGA